CUUCAAAUGAAUCGUCAUGGUAUGAGGUUUUUACGAUUUCAUGAUGUACGAAAUCCACAAACUGGAGAAUUAGAAAAGGUAGUUCAGUUUGAUGGAAACGUUGUGGAUUUAGGCACUGUCGUUACUGAUGGUAACGUAGCUGGAUAUAAAGAUAAAGAUCUUUAUAUACAAGGAUCUAGAGUUUUGGCAUCAGGUGCUGCAAAUAGCACUCGUCUAAUAAUACAAGAAAGUGGAUGCAGAUUAGAAAAUACAGAACAUUUUCAGAUAAUUUCGUCCCAAACUCUACGACCAUUGUUCAGCGCACAGCAUCCUGUCAUCUCCAUUGAUAAGAGAAUCAAAAAGCUUUCUACUAACAAAAUUGUUACGAACAAGAUACGAUCACCAAUCGACGAAGAUUUGAUGAUCAAUGUAGAAAAUUUAUCCAUUCGAGGAAAUGAAGGAAUACGUAUGGAAGCAAAUACCGUGAAAUUUCUAGGCACAACAGCAGUGAUUUUUAAUACAUCGCGAGACGGUUCUAUCCAACUGGGAGGUCGCCUACGAUUGGACACUUCUUCCCGGGGACUACCUCUGUCCCCAUCCCCCGCACUAUCUGCAUCCAUAGACGCUUUUCGAGUCUGCGUUUGUGCUGGAGUUCGAAACAAACUUUUCUUGACACCCGGCAACAAACCUUGCCAUUCAAGUAAUGCUUUAUGCACAUGAUAAUG